AUGGAGUCAAAUCAAUACAGUUGCCAAACAGAUUAUUUGUUUUAUUAUUAUUCCCGCUUGCUUGUCUCAAGAACAGUUGCAAAUCAUAUGGGCUGCAUCGAUAUUCGAGACAUAUGGACCUGGGCGGUUCUUCGGGGACAUCAUGUAGCACAUGACCGAAUUUCAGACCCAAAAUUAACGGAACUAUAUUUGCGAAUUGAUGAUUCUACUCGAUUUCGGCAACUGUGCAUUGAUAAUGCUCCUUGUGCACAUCAUGUGGCGAUAAGAUUUCCUGGAUCAAGCCAGGAACGACACGUAUUGCUGUGUGUUAGAGAGGCUUACAGAGCUGUUAAUGGCCAUGAAUAA